AUGACGAACUACGGCGCGAUUCCGACGUCGUCUCACCCAUCGCUGGGAGUGGAUCUCGAGUACAUCUCACGGGCCAAACACCGUAUAAAAUCCGGUCUCGCCACGCGCCGCCCAUGGAAACUGAUGUUCGAUUACGAUUCCAUGACCGUCCCUCACGGUUUCUUCGACGCGAUCUCGAGAAUCAAAACGAAUCUCGGCUACUUCCGAGCGAACUACGUCAUCGGAGUCCUCUUCAUCCUCUUCAUAAGCCUCCUCUACCACCCGACCUCGCUCCUCGUCUUGGCCAUCCUGGUCGUCUUCUGGAUCUUCCUCUAUUUCCUCCGCGACGAGCCUCUCAUAGUUUUCGGUUACCAGAUCGACGAUCGGACGGUCAUGGUCGCUCUCUCGGUUUUGACCGUCGUUAUGCUUAUGCUGACUCACGCGACGGUAAAUAUCCUCGGAUCGCUGUUGACAGCCGCCGUGUUGGUCCUGGUCCACGCGGGGGUGAGAAGGAGUGACAAUUUGUUCCUCGACGAGGAAGCUGCGGCGGCGACUGAAGUCUCAGGGCUUACGUCAUACCCUUCGUCUUGA